GAGCUAGGAAGCGAUAAAUGGAUAUUUCAUAGACAUGGAGACAGAGAGACGUUAGAUUGAAUUUCGACAAAUACUGCGAGAUGGGCUGCAGGACCGAUCGAUCAUGUAAGCAGUCUGCCCGAGGCCAGCCCGCCUCCAUCCACUUUAACAUCGUUGCAUCCAUCCAGCACACACCCCUCCUCGCCGCCGCACGCAGUGACCAUAAAUUCGAAUCAGGCCAAGGUCCCCGCCCGACGUAGAAGCACGCCGGAGAUGCCUUUACCCAGACUUACGCAUAAGAAGAGAGCGUAUAUUGAAAGCGAUAGCGAAGACAGUGAUGUGCCGUCUUCCGCUAAUAUACCAAUCGCAUCUUCUUCCAAGACCCUGACAAAUACAGUGAAGGUUCCCCCUUCUAACAGCAAGAAACCCAAGCGUGCAGUGACGCGUAAAUGUCCCGUGUGCGACGAAGAAAUACCUAUCCGUCUUCUGGCAGCUCAUUCGGACCUCGAGGCACAACGGGUGAACGAAAUCAUUCAAUGCAUUGGUUCCACCGAAGUCUUGAAUGAAGCCGAACCGGAUGACGGUCUAACUGCUCGUACACGGCGUUCCGCCGUCAAAGCAAAGAAGAACAUCAGUCAAGGCGCACCCACUCCCAGACUGAAGUCCCUCUCCUCCACUCAGUCAGCCACCACCGAAGUAGUCGAUAGUACAUUACGCAUGCUUAAACGACAUCGAAAGCAACGUCAUGCAAAGUUGCGCGACAUGACUCGAGAAGAUGACGAAACAGAGGGAAAGUGGGUUGCAGGUCAAGAUUCAGGAACCGCAUGUCCUGUAUGCAUGAAAGUCAUUCCAGGUGACCCGGACGUCGUGGAAGCGCACGUGGACGCGUGUUUAGCACACGAGGCGAGGUUGCAAACAGAGAGGGAGCGGGGUGAAAGGGAAAGGACUGAAAGAGAAAGGUUGGAAAUGGAUGAAGAGGUUGAUAUAGAUGGAGAGAUCCGAAUACGGGUGACCGAUGGGGUCAGUUUUCAAGGUACAGGCUUUGAUGUGAGAAACGUCACGCAACAGGACGUAGAUGAGGAUAUCGACGUCGACGGGGAAGAUGACGUUAUCUAUGGCGCACCGCAGUUUACGGAAAGCGACAUUCUCGCUACCGUUUCUGCAGACGUGACCACUUCACAUUCUCCCGCAGAGGGUUCAAACGUCCAAGCUAAUGAUGUCGUGACCGAGGGUGUUGAAGACCACAGUAUUGAGCUCACGGAGAAGUCAUUGAGAGACCUGGUAGCUGAGGGUAAGGUCGUGAAAAGGCAUGUGGAGGCGGGCGCGAGUACGCAAGAGGUGAAGAUGACCAUGGACCAAGUGAUGGGUGUAGGCGAAGCAGAGGAGGUCGAUAUUUCUAUCGACCUCGCUCGAAAGACGGGGAACAUUUCUGCCUUGAUCCAAGCUUUGGAGAACAAAGUAAAGCUUCUGGAAUCAACCAGGGUAUCAUCAUCCACAUCGUCACUCUGCAGAAUCUGUAUAGAUCCCUACAUGGAACCAACGGUCUCAACAGGAUGUUGGCAUACCUGUUGUCGGGAAUGCUGGCUACGAUGUCUGGCGUCGACAAAAUUAUGUCCGAUAUGCAAACGCAUUACCUCUGCUGCGGACUUGCGGAGAGUAUAUCUGUAGAUAUUAAUGCAGCAUUUAGUAUAUAUCCUUUAGCAUUUCUUGUAUUAUAGUCAUUCGGUUAGUUCGCUGUCAAUGUUGCUAUCUUGCUUUCGAUAUUCAUCUUUUAAUUGCAUACUCCUGUCCAAC